AUGCCGUGCAUCUCUUAUCUCGAGGUCACCAUAUUCUUUGCGCUCGCUGUUUCUGUUUCUGUUUCUGUUUCCGCGGAUUCGUUGAAAGAUAUCAAGCAUGUAGUUCUCUUCAUGCAAGAGAAUAGGGCAUUUGACCACAGAAAGUAUUUUGGAACGAUGCCGGGUGUCCGUGGCUUUGCGGAUCCGAAUGUUCAAGUCAACCCCGAUGGCAGAACGACCUUCCAGCAACCGGUUACAAAACAACAAACAAAUAAAGCUGAUCAGUUAACUCCGUGGUAUAUCAACUACCUAGGCGGAGAAUGGCUGGAAGCUACCCAGUGCAUGGGAGCUGGGGAUUGGGGAUGGGAGCAUAUGCAUGCCGCCUACAACGGAGGACUCACUAAUCAAUGGGCUGCUACCAAUACUCCGUACAGUAUUGGCUUCUUCAAAAGGAGUGACAUUCCCGUGCACUUCGACAUUGCAGAAGGAUGGACCGUUGGGGACAUGUACCAGGAGAGUGUUUUGGCGGCAACUGAUCCGAACCGGAUCAUCUGGAUGAGUGGGACGGUAAACAACCCAGGGACUCCAAAUAAUCCCGAUGGCGAUGGGAACAUGAUUCUCGAUAACAACGCGAGUCCAGGCUGCGAGAGACCGCAUCUCAACUGCUACCCCUUUACGUGGAAGACGAUACCUGAAUACUGGACAGACGCUGGUGUUUCCUGGCAAGUUUAUCAAGAUGUAGACAAUUUUCAAGAUAACAUGCUUGCGUAUUUCACUCAGUACCAAAAAGCUGGCAAAGAUUCCCCGCUCACAAAGCACGGUAAAUCGUACCUUGGCCUCCAACAGUUCUAUGACGAUGCUGCAAAUGGCACUUUACCUGAAAUCAGCUACAUCGUGGGGCCAGCCGAAUUAUCGGAGCAUUACCCCUAUUUGCCGAGCGAUGGAGCAUGGCUGCAGAAGAAUGUGGUUGAGGCUGUUACUAGUAGUCCGCUUUACAACGAAACUGUAUUGAUAAUCAGUUAUGAUGAGGUUGGAGGGUACGCGGAUCACGUUACCCCUUACACUGCGCCGAAAGAUACUCCUGGAGAAUGGAUUCAUGACCCAUAUGGGAUGGUAGGCAAUACACCCGUUGGCCCAGGUUUUCGUCUCCCGUUCUCCAUCAUCUCGCCGUGGACCCGUGGCGGCCACGUCUUCACAGAACACGCGGACCACAACUCCCAAAACCUAUUCGUCGAAGAGUGGCUUACAGCCCACGGCUACCAAAACAUCCGCAGCAAGGAAAUGCCUCCCUGGCGCCGUGAACACAUGUCCAACCUCCUGAAAGCCUUCGACUUCGAGCACCCCGAUCACUCCAUCCCCCCUAUCACCGCCUCCAUCCCCCCCCUCACCGACCCCAGCAUCCCCAUCUCCCCCGACAGCCCCCUCGGCUCCCUAGCCGGAAACUACAUCGGCGCCGCUUCCUGCCAAGCCCAGCACCGGACCUCGCAACCGCCCGUGCCCUACGGCCCCUCAAACGCCCACGCCGACACCAGCCUCAUCGUCGAAGAGGGCUUCAAGCGCGUGCGCGGCGCCCUGACCGAGGGCCGCUACCUCACGUUCGAGCGCAACGGAUACGCGCUCACGAACGCGGAUCCUAGCGCGAUGCGCGUAAGCAGCACGCGUGCUUCAAGCAUGCACGAUGAUGUGCGGCAGAGAUGGGUGAUGCAUCGUGUGGGCGAGGAGCAUGGGGAUCGGUUUACCAUCAGUAGUGCGGUGGAUGGGCGGUAUGUGAGUUAUCUGCAGGGGCUGACGAGUUGGGCGGUGCUGGCGGAGACGUAUCGGAUUACGGAUUUGGGGGCUGGGAGGGGGUAUAAUUUACGGCCGAGUGGGGUGUUGAGUCUGGGGGUUAGUAGGCUGGGGCAUGUAUUUCAGACGUGGGGGGUUGGUGGCUUUGAGGUUUAUAGCGUUACGUAUCAUACAUAG